AUGGAGCAGGAUGAAGCCACGGAGGGCGUUCCACCCAAAGUGCGAGCCAUCGACGCUGGACCUCCCGAAUUGCAGAUUCAGCAGUUGGCGAGGGAGAAAAUGUUCCAUCGUCAGCAGAAGAAAAAGCGUCAGAGUUCUGAUUCCAGUUCCGACUCUAGCGACAGUGAGAGCGAACAGAGAGCAUUACUACAGAGGGCGUUGCAGAUGCGGCCACUGUUGAUGCGGCAGCAACAGGAACGUAAUCAGCGGAAUAUGGCACUACUACAGCAGGAGUUGCAGGCUCUUCCAAGUGGCUCCGAGAGUGACUCCGAUAGUGACUCCGAUAGUGACUCCGAGAGGGAAUUCGAUACUGACUCCGAGAGUGACUCCGAGAGUGGCUCAGAGAGUGGCUCCAAAAGCAGCGACAGUUGCUCUGACGAUAGCAGCGACUUAGCCGGCUACACCUCCCACAGCAACUCUGAUGCCAGCUCCUACUCUAACGAUAAUGGGACCAACUAA